GAGUUGAGUUCAGACGUUUGUCCUCGUCAACGCUGUGUGCAAAAAUAGUUCAAAGCGAGCCAUAGAUACAUUUUCCCAAAACACACACACACACACACACAUACACACACCGAUUUCUGUGUUUAUGAAGUAAUAUAAACUAAGAAAAAGAACACACAAAAUUAUUGGAACCUAAAAUCGUAGUAACAAUGUCAAAAGUUAAAGCCAAAGGCAAAACAAACAAACGAACAAUUUCCAAACCAAACACAUAAAAUGAGACAAGUCGCCUGCAACAACAACAACAACAACAACAACAACAAAAACAACAUCAAGAGCAAAAACAACAACAAGUGGCGCUGGUUACAGGUCGAGGACAAUAAAGGCGCCGUGGUACAAUAACAAUAAGCAGGACAUAAAACAGGCAAUGGAAUGGAGCGUCUAUUUGGAUGACGAACUGAAGGACCGUAAGCCAGAGAUAAAGAUGAACAGCAUACCGAACAGAGCCUAGGCACGCAUACGCAGCACAUAAAAUGUGCACACUGAACAAACGUAAAAUGCUCAACGACCAGAGAGAAAAGUAAUUAAAAGAAUAUAAAAAAAAAGCAGACAGGCUUUAAGAAGAAGGCAAACAGAAAGUUAACGGACGAGCGCAGCAGAACGGAGGUGGGCUAACAACAACAACAACUUUGGAGCAGCAACUGGCAAUUGAUGUGGCCGAGGACAACAGCGCGCAGCAGAGGAACAACCGACACGAGAGCAACAGCGAGGCAGCAGCAGGAGCAGCAGGAGGCAGUUAGAGCAGGAACAGACACAGGAACAGGAACAGUGGCUCAUGCCAGUCUGGCCAUACCGAGUCCAAUUGAACUUGAAUCUAUAUCGGAUUCGGUUGUGUUGUGUCAGCUUCUGAUGCUACUCGUGCUGGCAUUGUUCUGGUUGAGCUACGCCUGGCCGCGCAGUCAAACGAUCUCGCACUGGCAGCGCAUGCAUUGAGACACAGGCAACAGGCAGACAAUUUGCAAAGUUAAACGCACAGAUAACACACACACACACACACACACAACACAACACAACAUACACUCACACGCAUGCACUGAUGUACUGACUGAAUGCCUCGCUGCCUAAAACAACCAACUAACUCACUGACUGAGAGACUAGAGCGCCACAAGAGAUAAGAGAAGUUAAGGAAGAAGCUAGCUAAAGCAGAAGACUCAAAUCAACUGUACCAGAGGAAGCAGAAGAAGCUUUACUUAACUAAUUACUGCAACUGUAACUAAAACAUCAACUAAAACUUACUUUAUAAACAACAACCAAAAAAAUAUAAAACAAAGCAAACCUUUUUAAUGCCACGCAACUAACUAAAGCAAACGACAACAACAACAAGAAAAUUUUUAACUAAGCAAUAAUUCGCAACCACGACUACCAAUAACCAACCUUCCAAACUUUGUGACUUUGCCACGCACCACAACAACAACAACAACAACAACAAAAGCAACAACAACUUGCACCACCAUGAGUGUUUCAGCAAUGGAUAAAUUAACUAUACUGACGCCCCGCACCCGCACACCCCUGCUAACAAUUUGGCUGGCCAUUAACAUGGCGCUAAUCGUACAGGAGACGGGCCCCAAACGGAGCACCACAGUGCAGUCUGCAACUGGCGGCGGCAGCAUGUUGGGUGACGUAAACAUAUCCGCUAUACUCGACUCCUUUAGUGUUAGUUAUGACAAAAGAGUAAGACCCAAUUAUGGUGGACCUCCUGUCGAAGUCGGAGUCACCAUGUAUGUGCUAUCAAUCAGCUCGCUCUCAGAAGUGAAAAUGGACUUUACAUUGGAUUUUUACUUUCGUCAAUUUUGGACCGAUCCUCGUUUAGCGUAUAGAAAACGACCUGGUGUAGAAACACUAUCGGUUGGAUCAGAAUUCAUUAAGAAUAUUUGGGUACCUGACACCUUUUUUGUAAAUGAAAAACAAUCAUAUUUUCACAUUGCAACAACCAGUAAUGAAUUCAUUCGCGUGCAUCAUUCUGGAUCGAUAACAAGAAGUAUUAGAUUGACUAUCACCGCAUCGUGUCCCAUGAAUCUGCAGUAUUUCCCAAUGGACCGUCAACUGUGUCACAUUGAGAUCGAAAGCUUCGGCUACACGAUGCGUGACAUACGCUAUAAAUGGAACGAAGGCCCUAACUCGGUUGGUGUCUCGAGCGAGGUAUCGCUGCCCCAGUUUAAGGUCUUGGGUCAUCGUCAAAGGGCAAUGGAGAUCAGUCUUACCACAGGCAACUAUUCGCGCUUAGCCUGCGAAAUACAAUUCGUGCGUUCGAUGGGCUAUUAUCUUAUACAAAUCUACAUACCCUCUGGACUGAUCGUUAUUAUAUCAUGGGUAUCAUUUUGGCUCAAUCGCAAUGCAACGCCGGCGCGUGUGGCGCUCGGUGUGACAACCGUGUUGACAAUGACCACUUUGAUGUCGUCAACAAACGCAGCGCUGCCAAAGAUUUCGUACGUCAAAUCGAUUGACGUCUAUCUGGGAACAUGCUUCGUUAUGGUCUUUGCCAGUCUACUGGAAUACGCCACCGUCGGCUAUAUGGCAAAACGAAUUCAAAUGCGAAAACAAAGAUUUAUGGCGAUCCAAAAGAUAGCUGAGCAGAAAAAGCAACAGUUAGAUGGUGUGCAGCAGCAGGCCAAUCCGAAUCCGAAUGUCGGAGGCGGACCCGGUCCUGAGCAUGGACAUGGGCAUGGUCAUCAUGCCCACAGCCAUGGUCAUCCGCAUGCGCCCAAACAAACAGUGAGUAACCGCCCAAUCGGCUUUUCAAAUAUCCAACAAAACGUUGGUACGCGCGGUUGCUCGAUAGUGGGACCCUUGUUCCAGGAGGUGAGAUUCAAGGUCCACGACCCAAAGGCACACUCCAAGGGCGGCACAUUGGAGAAUACGGUAAAUGGCGGACGUGGCGGUCCCCAAUCGCAUGGACCCGGCCCAGCGCCCGGCGGCGCUGGUCCUGGCGGUGGCGGCGGCGGCGGUGGCGGUGGUGGCGGACCGCCAGAUGCUGGCGGUGAUCCGGAGGCGGCAGUCCCAGCACAUCUACUACAUCCGGGCAAAGUAAAAAAGGAUAUUAACAAAUUGCUGGGCAUAACGCCCUCGGAUAUUGACAAAUACUCGCGCAUUGUGUUUCCCGUGUGCUUUGUGUGCUUCAAUCUGAUGUACUGGAUUAUCUACCUGCACGUGAGCGAUGUCGUUGCCGACGAUCUUGUCCUGCUCGGGGAGGAAUAAAUGGCCACGCCCCCCAAGGAGGCGACGGCAACAAGUGACAACAGCGCACAAGAGAGUUAAACUGUGCAAGGCGCUGAAAAACAACAAAAAAAAAUAAAAACAACAAAAAAUUAAAGCAAAACAAAAAAAACAGAUGAUUAACCAAAAACUAAUUUUAACUAGCGAUAUGGAAAAAUGCAAAAGGCAACAUAUUAUUGUUAAAUACUAAAAAUAAAAAUUUAAAUAAUAACAAAAAAAAUAAAGACACACAUAUUACGGACGAGAGUAAAGAAUAUUGUUAAAUAGAUUUACGCAAAAUAAAAAAAAA